GUGUGAAAAAUAAUAAGAAGAAAAUAAAAGUGUAGCAAAAAAGCACUUUUUAUAAAUAGAGCUUUCAACUUGUACAAAAACUAAGUGUUUAUAUAUAAUUGGUAUCAUCAUAACACAAUUUACACACACUCACACAUUCACACAACAAUUCUUCAUCCUAUUCUCUGUCUUUCUCUCAACCCUCAUUUCAAAUCCCUAAAAAGGAAGGCGGUUAAAUAUCACUCACUACUAUAUACCCCUAUAUAAUUAAAAAUAUUAGAUAAACUAUAUAGUAUAGUACAUCAAUAUAAAAACUAUAUAGUAUAAUUUUAAUUUUAUUUACAUUAAAAAAAAAGGUUGGACUGGCAUGGGCUACUACAAAUAAAACAUCACCGAUCAGUCAGUCAGUCAGUAAAUCAAUCCAUCCAUCCAUUCAUAUAUCCCAUCAAAAAGAUUAUAUCAUCUCACCAAGAAAAAUACUCACUUCCUUACAAAAACUUUGAGUGAGAAAAUAAACUAUAACACCAAGAAAAAAAUAAUGUCGUCCUCUUCCUCGUCAACUACGACAGGAAGUGGUGGUGGUUGCGGCGGAGGUGGUAGUUUAGAUAAUAACUACCAUCAUCAAACUCCUAAUUAUAAUAACAAUGAUAAUGUAGAACAUGUUAUUUCGCCGUCGGACCAACUUUGUUAUGUUCAGUGCAAUUGCUGUGAUACUGUUCUUGCUGUGAGUGUGCCGAGUAGCAGCUUGUUUAAGACGGUGACGGUGAGAUGUGGACACUGUACUAGCUUGUUGUCUGUCCAUAUGAGGGCUCAUCUUUUGCCUGCCGUGCCUUCGCCUUCGCCUCCAUCUCCGCUUCCUCCGCCUCCGCCUCUUUCGCCGAAUCACCAUCAUCUUUCUCCUCCCUCUUUCUUUACCUCUCCUCACAGUCUUCUGGAGGAGAUUCGGAGCUCAGCACCAAAUAUACUUAUCAACAAUCAUCAUCAUCAGCCUAUGUUCAAUGACCCAAUGAUGUCCGUUCGAGGAGUUGAUCAUCUUCAUCACCACCAUCAAGAGAUCCCUAAACCCCCACCCGUCAAUCGCCCUCCAGAGAAGAGACAGAGGGUACCAUCUGCCUACAACAGAUUUAUCAAGGACGAAAUUCAACGAAUCAAAGCCGGAAAUCCUGAUAUUAGCCACAGGGAGGCCUUCAGUGCAGCUGCCAAGAAUUGGGCCCACUUCCCACACAUUCAUUUCGGCCUUAUGCCUGACCAUCAACCCGUGAAGAAGGCUAACGUGCGCCAGCAGCAGGAAGGAGAGCACGAUCAAGUUAUGAUGAAAGAAGGGUUCUUAGCUCCUCAAGCCAAUGUGAAUGUGGGUGUAGGUCCGUACUAAGAAGAAUCAACAACAAACUAAAAUUUAGUUAUAAGCUAGAAAAAUUUAAAGCAAGCAAGCAUUUCAAGUACUAGUACUAGACUAGUACUACUACUUUAUGUUAAAAAUUCCGUAGGAUUUUCUUUCUUUUCCCUCUCUUUUAAUCACUAGUUUUUUACUAGGUCUUUCUCUCUUUAAUUUGCACUUAAUUAAUUACUUCUAGGAGUAAUUAAAACUUAAAAAGAGAAGAGGUGCUAGGGAAAAUUAUUGAAGUGAGCUUAGCUUGUUAUAUAUAUUAAUGGUAUUGUUAAAACUUCUUAACA